UCCUCUGGAGUCAAUGCGGCUAAUGAGGCUCGUUUGUUUUUUAUUCGUAUCUCUCAUUUGUGUAAAUGCUUCAUUUUUGUGAACUAAUUUAGGUUUCAGUCCCCUUGUUAGUUCUGACGGUAUUUUUGAGGAGUUUAUGAGACGUGUCCACAAUGCAAAAAACAAGACGUCAAGUCUGGGUUCGUCUCCGUUUCUUCAACCCGACAACCGGGAGAUGUUAGCAUUAGCACAUAGCACUGGAACGAAUAACAUAAAGGGAAGAGGAAAUGAACAACUUCAUAUUUAUAAUGGUCCUGAACAGAAGAAGGAAGUGAGGCGGAGCUGGAGGACCGAACCCCUCAUAAUGGACACAGAGGAACAAAAGAAACAGUCAGGAGGCGAGCCUCCGGUCCAGGAGGAUAAUCCGAGCAUGGAGGUUAGGUACAACCAAGAGACAGAAGCAAUGGUGCUGAAGGACAGACUGAAGGAGGGAAAGGACAGUAAAGAUUCCCAAGGCAACCUAUCCAAAGGCUUCCUUAAAGAACAGCAGGAUUCCUUUUCACCUUCUGGGAACAUGGACAACUGUGAGAAGAACAGAGGGAACGCGGGGGAUCCCGACUACUGUCGGAGAAUCCUUGUCCGAGAUGCUAAAGGCUCUAUCCGAGAAAUCAUCCUGCCAAAAGGUUUGGAUCUGGACCGGCCGAAGCGAACGCGCACCUCCUUCACUGCAGAGCAGCUCUACCGCUUAGAGAUGGAGUUUCAGAGGUGUCAGUAUGUGGUCGGGAGGGAGCGGACCGAACUGGCCCGUCAGCUCAACCUCUCUGAAACUCAGGUAAAAGUGUGGUUUCAGAACCGCCGCACAAAGCAGAAGAAGGACCAGGGAAAGGACUCGGAGUUGCGCUCGGUGGUUUCGGAGACGGCCGCCACCUGCAGCGUGCUCAGACUGCUGGAGCAGGGGCGGCUGCUGACUCCUCCGGGCCUGCCGGGCCUCCUGCCCCACUGUGGCUCUGCCCUGCGCCCCCCCUCCAUCGCCAUGGCCAACAACAGCAGCAGCAGCAGCAGCAGAAGCAGCAGCGGAGGCAGCACCGGGACGGCCGGAGGCAGCCCUCCGCUGCCUGCCGUCACCUCGUCAGGGACGGUGGCGGGGUUGCAGAGCCCGCCGUCCGCUCACGGCUUUUUCAGUUUCCCAAUGCCGUCCAUCCUCAGUGGUGUGGCCACCCGCAUUUCGUCCAAUCCCCUCUCUAUGGCCGGCUCGCUGGCAGGCAACCUGCAGGAGCUUUCUGCACGCUACCUGAGCUCCUCUGCCUUUGAACCUUACUCGCGGACCAAUGGCAAAGAAUCCAUGGACAAGAAGACUCUGGAAUGAUGGUUUGUGGUUUUGCGGUUGUACGGAUUCCUGUUUGCUUCUGGAAGCGUUUCAUUAGUUUUAUUAGCUGUUCCUAUCUUUGUUUGGUUUGACCAAGUGUCUGUCAUUUGUCAUUGUCGCCUGCUCUAACAAGCUUAUGUAUUUCUGCACAUCUGGCACCUUGUACAAGGAGCGAAGGAGGAACCAAGAAAACAAACAGCAAUCGCUCGUCAAACAAAAAACGGAUGUCAGUGAAAGGACUUUGCACAAAUCUUCACUCAAAUGUUUGUACGGAAACUGAAAGGCAAGCUGAGUUGGACGCAAAAAUCUUUUUUUUAAAUUUUUUUUUUGGGUUAAAGAAAUGCCACACAUUCUGACUUAACACAGCCAGUCUGAAGCAUAAAAGGUCCAGGCCAGUUAAAGCCAGCGCUUUACGCCGCUGCACAGCAGCAACGUCUCAGGCAGGCGGUAGAAUAUUUAAGGUAAUUGGCACCUAUCUAAACUGCGUUUCAUCCGCUGGAAUUGUUGGUUCGAUGCAGCACGUCGCGGCGAGAAGACGCAGGGCAGAAAAAGCCGGGCAGCAGCAGCUUGUGUGAUCUAGUGAGCCCAUCAGAGCGUUUAGAACCUGUUCGCGGCGGCAUGAGUGAAUAAAACGGGAGUUUCUGAGGGAGGAGGAAAGCGCCUCCGAGUGAAAGCUGCUGCACGGCCAGUCUCAAACUCGCAAGCCAUCGGCUUUAGAGACGAUGUGAUCAUGUGGAACGCUCACUGAUUUUUCGGUUGUUUUGUGAAGAUUCCAACAGCGUCCCCUUCACUGUUGAAUUUUUUUUUUUUGUUUUGUUUUUGCCACCAAAAUGAAGUAGACCUAAAAGAUGAUCAUUUCCCCCUUUUGUUUUUGUAAAUGCUGUUUUACCCCCACUGUGUCCCUGGGUUUGAUGCAGGUGUGUGUUCUGUGCAGAGAGGAGCAAAGAGGAGGAAACGUAAGCAGUCAAAGGUUCUCCAUCUCCUGAUUUGAAAAGAAAAAAAAAGAUAAAAAACAAACAAAAAAAACAAUAAAGUUGUAGUUCAGACAAGGGAAGGAAUGCUACUGCUGUUGUGUAAAAUCACCGAUUGAGAAUUGUACCAUAAAGUUGUUAUUUUAUUGUAAAAAUAUUGACAUCUGUAAUUAAUUGACGAUUUGUAUAGUUGGGAAAGUGACGUAUGGAUGAAUGUCUUAGUGCGGUUGAUGAAUCAAUCUAAAGGUUAUCGGUGCUGUUGUUGUGAAAUAUCUUAAAAUUUGUGAAACGUGUUUUACAAAUGUGCCUAUAUGAAAUGUAAAUGGCUACAAAGUGUCUUUUCUUUCAUACGUGUCGCUGCCAAUGAUGUUAUGAUGCAUUUCAUGACUGUUUUUACCUCGUAUAAAGCAGCGUCGUGACGAA